CGCUGGUAUAGCAAUGUUACUUCUUGUUGUUAUUUCGGUACUUUGUGUCUAUAACACAGAAGCUGUGAUCACGUGUUUGAAGUGUUCUCAAAUUACUGGACCAGCUAAUUGCUCUACAGUACAAAAAUGUGAUCCUCAGCAGAGUUGUUUUACUGAUGUAUAUUUAAAUGUGGACGGAGAUAAAAGAUACAAUCUUGGGUGUAGAGACACGAUGCAAUGUGAUGCAUCUCGGACAGUAUUGAAUAAACCUAGCAGUGCUUACAUAUGUAGUGAAUGUUGUAAUGGAACAUUGUGUAACAACGCUGGAUGUCAAUAUCAAGGCUACCCUUCACCAAGAGGUCCGAUAUGUUAUAACUGUGAAACCCGCACUAACAGCAGCGAUUGUGACACGAUUAAAGUGUGUAAUAGUGACGAGGUUUGCAAACUAGGAAAAAAGUUUAAAAGAUUGGCUAACACAACUAUACAAUUUCAUUACCAAAAAAGUUGUGAAAAAGCUGAUGUUUGUGACACACAGGUUCGAAAUCUAGAGUACCUAAUAACACACAUCAUUGGAAAGCGACAGGUUCGGAAUAUGUUUCCAAACAAUUACCACUGUGUUUUGAAAUGUUGUGAUACCGACCUGUGUACUGACAGCUGUACUUCAAAGACUUCACCACAUAGUUUUUAGCUUCAAUUUGGAACUAGUGUGUCAUGCUCGAACAAUUGAAAUA